AAAUUCAAGAUGAUUUCAUACAAAGUAAUAGUUCUCUUAUUCACAGGAAAAUAGAAAAAAACAAAAGCAAACUGAGUGAUAAAUUAACUAACGAAGAAAUUGGAUUAUUUUGCCAACUACAAACUAAAAUCACCCAAUUAAAAUUAGAAAUACAAAAGAAACUCGAUAAUGUUAAUCAAACUUUCCAUAUUGACAAUCGAACAAUUAACCAACAAAUUAAAAAUAUUCAAGGUUUCAAUAUUGAAGGAAGCAACAACACUCUUACUAGUCCUUCUGUUCAAGGUAAUACUCUAGAAACAAUUACUUAUGAAGAAGAAAAUAUUGAUGCCGAAUUACAAGCCACCACAGAAAUGCCUUUAAAAAAUAAACAACUAAACUAA